GCGUAAGAAUAGUAUGCCUAUUGGGGCUUUUUCUUUCUGAAACAGUUUCCGGAGAUGCAGAGUUUGAUGCAUUUGUGAACGAAAUUUUCAGUUUUAUCAACGAUACGGAUUCUUAUGUGUCACGUACUAAUAAUGAUGAAUUCUUUGGCAAUGCAACGGACUCUAAUAGCACGUUGGAUUAUGGAACGUACGAUUUUAUACUUGUGGGCUCCGGUUCAGCUGGUGGAGUUUUAGUCAAUCGACUAACUGAAGUUGAGAACUUCACAGUAUUACUGCUGGAAGCUGGAGCGGAAGACCCGGUAAUAUCUCAAGUAAUUGGACUAUACUCCUAUAUGCUAAGCUCAAGCUGCGAUUGGGGAUAUUACACUACACCACAAACGGACGCGUUUUUAGCUAAUACUGACAGAACAACGAAGAUUGUUUGCCUUAUUUUGAAAAAAUGGAGUCGGCAGAUUUUUCAGUUGAUAUUGACGAAGAUUAUCAUGGAUAUGAUGGACCCGUGCAUGUAAAUGUGGCGGAAGAUACUCCUAUUUUGACAGAAGAACUAAUAAACGCUUUUAUCGAGCUAGGAAAAACUGAAGGAGAUUAUAAUGGCGCAGAUCAGUUUGUUGUAAGUAGGGUCCAGGCAUUGAUUGACAAUAAGACGCGUUCAGGCACUGCCCACUCCUACAUCCGGCCCAUAUUAAACCGAACAAAUCUGGUGGUCAGUUUGGAGUCGCUGGCCACUAAAAUUCUUAUUUCUGACAAAGUUGCCACUGGCAUUGAGUUUUGGAAGAAUGGCACCAAAUAUAGCGCGACCGCUCGAAAGGAAGUGAUUCUAUCUGCUGGAGUAUUCAAUUCUCCUCAAUUACUGAUGCUUUCGGGCAUUGGACCAAAGGAGGAACUUGAUAAAUAUAAUAUCGACACCAUAGUUGACUUGCCAGUGGGCAAAAAUUUAAUAGAUCAUGUAUAUUAUAAAGGAUUAUUUUACAGGUCCAACUAUACGUUUUAUAACAAUACCAUGUUAGAAAAUUUGGAAUUAUGGGAUCACAAAAAACGGCCACUUACCAUGGCUGAAUCAUUUCAAGCAAUGACAUUCUACAAUGUUAACGGAAACACAAGUGAGGCGGCGGAUAUCGAAGUAUUUUUUUCGGAGCCUCCGAGUAAUGGCCCCACCCACGGAGAAAUGUACACAAAUGCAUCAUACACGGCUGUAUUUGAUGUUUUGAACACAUAUACGGACAUUAGUCUGCCUUUAACAUUAUUGCAACCGAAAUCUGUUGGAGAAAUCACUUUAGCAUCAGCAGAUCCCAGAGAUUUUCCUUCGAUUAACCCGAAGUAUUUUUCUGAUUCCGACGACUUAGAAACGUUGUACAAAGCAGUGGAAAUUGUUAGAAAUUUAGAAAACACGACAGCAUUUCAACGUUUGGGAAUCGAACCCAUCAUUUUAGAUCUUCCAGAUUGUGAUGCAGAUUAUGAAAAGCUUUCAAAAGACUGGUGGAUUUGCAGCAUUCAAUAUCUUACAACUGCCGGUCUUCAUGCGGUGGGAACCACCAGAAUGGGAAAUAACUCGGAAACUUCCGUAGUGAGUUCAGAACUCAAAGUUCAUGGAAUCAGCAAUUUACGAGUGGUAGACGCUGGAGUAUUUCCUUAUCCUAUUUCGGGCCACACGAGUACACCUGUAAUGAUGGUCGGGGAAAAAGCUGCCGAGUUAAUUAAAAAUGAAUAUGCAUAAAAAUGUUAAAUAUAUCUUCGGAAAGUCCACUUUCUGGGUGACAACUAUAACACAAAAAUAAUAGGAAAUUUUGUUCGAACAAUUAAAUUAAAUGUAGCGAUCUUGGGUUGAAAAUAAUAGAACUUCAGAUAAGA